UUGCUGUCCUCAUCCAAAUACUUUAGUUGACUGAUUGAGUACACUAAGGGAGAAGGGUCCUGUAGAAGAGAGAGCGUGUGCUUAAGAGAGCCAGUGACUUUCUUAGGAGUGCUUUGACUCUGUCUCUCUGUCCCAGGAGAGGAGGAGGGCGAUGAGCUGUCCUGCUAAAGCUCUGGAGGGCUGAUUGUUCCCCACCUCAUCGCAUCUCUGUGCCUGACUGUGUGAACUGACCCUCCAGUCCUCCUCAACAGCACAUCUUAUCUGACUCUGCAGCUCUCUGUCCGAAUCUGCGAGCACCAUGAGCUCAUCUGGGGCAAACCUCCACAACAAGCGUCUACCCUCGGAGACCGAGCAUGCUCAGAGGGUCCCAGGAAUGGACGCAGCCCAGCAGAUGAAACUGAGAGAGCGACAGCGCUUCUUUGAGGAGGUCUUUCAGCACGAUGUGGAUGUCUACCUGUCCUCUGCCCACUUGCAGAUUCAUGACUAUAAGAGACCUCCCAUUGGCAGUGUCUCGUCCAUGGAGGUUAAUGUGGACAUGCUGGAGCAGAUGGACCUCAUGGACAUCUCUGACCAGGAAGCACUGGAUGUCUUCCUCGGCUCUGGAGGGGAUGAGGGGGUGCUGGCCUCCCCUCUGCCAGGUAAAGUAGUUCAUGGAAACAACAACAACGAUAAGGUAAUCAACCAGGGACGCUCUCUCCACUACACUGACGGUUGUGAUGGGAAGUUUCGCGUGGCCUCCACCUCCUCCACCAACAGCCAGAACACCAAUGAGGAUGGACGGGACACCCAAGUCAUCCAAUCAGAUGAUGAAGAUGUGCAUGUCGACACAGUCUUGCUGAUGGGAUCACCCCCAGGGAAAGAUGAGGAGAAGAAUCGGUCUAUCCUCUCUUCCUAGGCGCCUUCCUUCACUUCCAAUAUUCAGUAACAUUUUGGACUUACUGAUGCUUACAAGUAUCACUUAAACUGGACACACACACUUCCAUGGACUGGCAAGACAACUGCCACUUUCCACAGCCUUUUCUUUACAGAUCGGAACAACUGAGUGUUAGUAAAAAAGUAAUCAUCUGUAUUAACCAGGUUGAAAUAAAGGUUGAAUAAUUUAUGAAAUAAAGAUGUAGAGAAUUAAUAUUUUUUUAUGUAAGAACUUUUUUUUCUUUAGAGAGAAACAUAUAAACUGUGCACAACUUUGCCAUGCUUUGUAAAUAUGGCCCUUAGUUCCCAUAUUCCCUAAAAUGUUCAACCAACCCAAAACACCUGCCACAAAUAAGGACAUGUUGUACAUAGUGCUUAGUGGUGCUUUAAUUUGUUGUAUCUUUCACUUAGUCUCCUCUUAUUCUCUGACUUAAGGUUUAUUUAUUUUAACUAUGAAUAGGAAUAAAUUAAAAAAUAACA